AUUUUACAAGAGUCAAGUUUACAAUAAUUUAAGGCAUUCUUCUUAUUCAACAAGAAAUGUAAAGAAUGAAUCAACAAAAAUAAAAUUUUUUGAUGGUUAUUACUCGCAAAGAAAUUUUACGCAAUUUAAGCAAGGACUACAAAAAGAACAAAUAAAAAAUGACAAUAGAAUUGAAAUUACAGAUCGGGCUGUUAAGAAACUUUUAUCGAUAACAAAGUAUGAUAAUGAUCAUAACAACAAUAAGAGUAAUGCAUUGAGAAUAAGAGUAGAUUCUGGUGGAUGUCAUGGGUUUCAAUAUUUUUAUGAUUUAGUGAAAACUAAUUCAUUAAAAGAAGAUGAUGUAGUUUUUGAUAAGAAUGGAGCAAAUGUGAUAAUAGAUGAAAUAUCUUUAGGAUUAAUUAAAG